CUGUACGAGAUAUUCAGCUGCCUGGCAGAGCUGGGUGCCAUCGCUCAAGUUCAUGCUGAAAAUGGGGAUAUAAUUGCGCAGGAACAAACCAGGAUGUUGGAGAUGGGAAUAACCGGCCCUGAGGGUCACGUGCUGAGCAGACCUGAGGAGCUGGAAGCAGAAGCUGUCUUCCGGGCCAUCACUAUUGCCAGCCAGACCAACUGUCCUCUCUAUGUGACUAAAGUGAUGAGCAAAAGCGCUGCUGAUCUCAUCUCGCAAGCCAGAAAAAAAGGCAAUGUGGUGUUUGGUGAGCCCAUCACAGCCAGUCUUGGGACUGACGGGACACACUACUGGAGCAAGAACUGGGCAAAGGCCGCAGCAUUUGUGGUCUCUCCACCUCUGAGCCCAGACCCAACAACCCCUGACUAUAUCAACUCCCUCCUGGCCAGUGGUGAUCUGCAGGUUUCGGGAAGUGCCCACUGUACAUUCAGCACCGCACAGAAAGCAAUUGGAAAAGACAACUUCACGAUGAUCCCAGAAGGGACCAACGGCAUAGAGGAACGAAUGUCUGUCAUCUGGGACAAGGCAGUGGCCACAGGAAAGAUGGAUGAAAACCAGUUUGUGGCUGUGACGAGCACUAAUGCUGCAAAAAUCUUCAACCUGUACCCACGGAAAGGGAGAAUAGCAGUGGGCUCGGACAGUGAUCUGGUUAUAUGGGAUCCUGAUGCAGUGAAGAUCGUCACAGCAAAAACCCAUCAAUCUGCAGCUGAAUACAACGUCUUUGAAGGGAUGGAGCUACGUGGGGCACCGCUGGUUGUCAUAUGCCAGGGGAAGAUCAUGCUAGAGGAUGGCAACCUGCAUGUGACCCAGGGGACUGGACGCUUCCUGCCCAGCAGCCCUUUCCCUGACUAUGUCUACAAGCGCAUCAAAGCCAGGAGGAAGAUGGCGGAGAUGCAUGCUGUGCCACGGGGCUUGUAUGACGGACCUGUGUUUGACCUGACCACCACCCCCAAGGGGGGCACCCCUGCAGGGUCAACCAGGGGAUCCCCCACACGGCAGGCACCCCCAGUCAGGAACCUCCAUCAGUCUGGAUUCAGCCUGUCAGGUACCCAGGUUGAUGAAGGUGUUCGCUCAGCAAGCAAGCGCAUCGUCGCACCCCCAGGAGGCCGCUCCAACAUAACCUCCCUCAGUUAAAUGUCCCUGCUGAGAAGGAAACAAUCCCUGUUCAAGUGAAGGAAGAAAAAUGGUACAUUGGUGUUUAAGAAGGAAAAGCAAAUAAACCUGUUCUGAAGAAUCAAUAAGCCUCAAGCCUUAUGUUUCACAAAUGCUACUUGCUACCUAGCUUUAAAGAUACUGCUUCAUUUUGUUUUAUGCAUAGCCUUAAAAUUCUGUUGUUGUUGUUGUGGAUUCGGUUGGGUUGUGUUUUUACUCUUCCUUUCUGUAUGCAUGCUGCUCAGACAGGUCGCUUGGUUCAGUGUGUUAUUGGUGUUGAACGCGUGUGGGAUGCCGUAGUGUGGGACAGCGGGAAUGACCCAGCAUGGAGGAACCAGCCGGGCAGGCGAAGUGGCAGGGGCCGGCCAGAGGCACAGUGUGGGACGGGGAGGACAGGUUCACGGGAGCUGGUGGGGGUACGUGGGUCUGUGUUGUGUUCAUGUCCUUCAUCUCCACCCAACGCUCUUGGCGUUUCACCACGAGGCCCAUGAGGGAGCCCGAAUCAUCUCUGUAACAACUCUCACAACGCCUCGUGUAAGGAGUUCGACUACUUUGUACACUUUAUUAAAAAAAAAGUUGUUCCUUCAAACAA